AUGCCCCCCCCAUCAGCGAGCGAGCGAGUGCCCCCCCCGGCGCCCCCCGCUCCCCCUUCCCCACACCACCGUAUCCCCUUGCACCGCGCCCCGGGCGCCGUCGGCCACCCCGCCCAGAUACAGGCGGGGCUCGAGCCUGCCACCUGCCCGCCAACACAAGCCCCUUCCUGCCCUGCUCCGUACCGCUCGGCAGCGCCAACCCGUGCGACUGGCCUGCCUUCAGCCCCACCCCCUUUUCACGCCCUCUCCCUUCCAACUGCGAAUUACUUGCCCGGCCCUGCGUCACGUCCCAUACUCGAUGGCGCCCGACCCUCUCUCUAUCCCUGCGGCGCCCCCCCCACACCAUGGAAAACCAUGCCUGCCACCCCGCCCCAGGAUCGCAGAAGUGUGCCCCUGGUCCGGUCGGGACCCCCUCCCUGGGCCUCCGACCCGUACUCCCCUUGCUGUACCACCGCCCCGCUCCUGUGGCUCCCUGCUGGAGGUCAGGGGUCAGCAGCCCCAUCGCGGCCGCCGGGGCAGCUGUGUCCCGCCGCCGCGAUCCGGGCGCUCCUUGUGCUCGAGGUGCGGGGCGGGCGACCCUCGCCCCGGCCUCCAUCGCGGACCUGCUGCAUGGCUUCCCGGCCCGGCAUCCCUUCCCCCGGAGUUGCCCUUCUUGCGUUUGCUUGA